CUCCAAACAGACGCACACUGGCGGGUCCAGGGGAAGGACACUGGAGGCAUGCGCCACUCCCGUUGAACAAAUAUACUAUCAAAAAAUGUUUGGUGGUAAGGCUGUAUCAUGCUGGAUCCACCCUUGAGAAAGUUGAGAAGGCAUUCACCCUCGCAUACACGCACGCACAUGCGCACACACAUAUACGAUAAAUAUACGAAUUGUAUUCGUCGAGCACAAAGUCGUGGUGCUAGAUGAUGCUGCAAUAAUCUGGACCAGCGGACGAACUUUUUCACCGCAUUCGACAAGACGUCGCACAUAACCCAACAUCGAGUCCCUGCGCACUCACGUAGGUCGUAUUAUCUAUUCGAACAUCUAUUAUAGUUACAUUUGCCUAUAAUAAUUGGAAUAGUUUAGUUUUAGUACCAAAAUUACAUUUACAUCAUUCGAAAUGGAUCCAAGUCGCGGGCCUGAUGUAGAUGUAGAUGCCGUCGUUACCUAUUUAAAUGUACUAAGAGAGACAUUGAAAUAUGUGCAACGAAUCGUGGGUACUGAAGCCAUGGAAGAGUUUAUACCUCCUCAAUGGGUCAACUCCAGAUAUGCCAGAGAUCCAGUUUUAAGAAGCAACAUUGUAGUAUGCCACACAACUGCUUCUGGGAGCACCUUCACAAGUACUGAUUGUUCUACAAUUAUUUCACAAUUAAAUGAUUUGGCUGAUUCCUUAUUAUACUUUGAGAUACCUAGUUUCUUAAACACAUAAAUACAAAUUAUUAAAUAAAUAGUAAGGUACCUAUACGUUAAUUCAUUUUUCAUUUUUAGUUAUCUGAUUUAUCAUCGUAUAAUUUUUCGAUUUUUUCGACAAUAAAAAAUCUUGCAUUCGUUAAACUAAUUUCUAAAAUAUUUUAUAGAUACCUAAUCCAAAUACCCACGAUUUACAAGUGUUCUUUAAGUAUCAUUACUAUAGGACAUAGGUGGUCUUAUUCAUUAUCCUUUCUAUGAUGACGUAUCCUACUUAGUAAAUAGUAGAAGUAGAACCUAAAACAUCAGUAGAUCGCAUACGCAUAUUAUACUUAUAUUUAGUUAUAGUUAAGUAUCUUGCAAUAAAAUGGCAUAUUGGGAGAUGACCGAAAUUUCAGUAUGAUGUAUUUUUUAAUUAUUAUAACUAACUAUGAUUUUUUUUAUUUGAUUUGUUCAAAUUGCUUAUCAUAUUAUUUGUACUAGGUACUAUAUAGGUACCUACUAUUAUAUUAUUAUUAUUAUAGAAAACUACAUAAUAAAAAUAAUGUACUGCUUAAUUAUGAUUUUU